AGCAAUGAUGGAAGAAGGAGGAGAUUUUGUUCGGACGUUAUAAAAAUAUUGUGUUCAAGGCGAUCGCCGUGUCAUCCUACUACAUUCUGCUCUAAUUUCUGCUUAGUAAUUCAUUGAUAUAUCCAAAUCGCUUAAGAUAUCUUUCUCGUAACUCUUUCAUAUUGCAUAUUCACUGUCUAAUUUUCCGUUUAAUUCAGCUCAUGAUAAAUUCAUGAUGGUGUGAUUCACAUACAUUACAUUAUAAGCAUUUGAUGUUUACAAAUUGAAAACUGUACCGUAAAUAAUGUCGACACAGUCACCUGCUCCACCAGGGCCUCCUCCUGAUGAAUGCAGCAUCAAAGUAAUAAGCAGGGUUCGACCAUUAAAUUCCUCAGAAGAAAAAGCUGGCAGCAAGUUUAUAUUGAAGUUUCCAACCGAUGACUCUAUAAAUAUAAAUGGAAAGUUGUUUAUUUUUGACAAAAUACUGAAACCAAAUGUUACACAGGAAGAUGUUUAUAAUACAACUGCUAAAACAAUUGUCGCAGAUGUAUUGGCAGGAUACAAUGGAACAAUAUUUGCCUAUGGACAAACAUCUAGUGGUAAAACUCACACUAUGGAGGGUGUCCUUGGAGACAGUCAUAUGCAGGGUAUUAUACCCAGAAUUAUUGCUGAUAUCUUUAACUAUAUUUACCAAAUGGAUGAAAAUUUGGAAUUUCAUAUUAAGGUGUCCUACUUUGAAAUCUACAUGGAUAAAAUCAGAGAUUUGUUAGACAUUUCAAAGACAAACUUGUCAGUCCAUGAAGAUAAGAAUAAAGUGACAUAUGUCAAGGGAGCAACAGAAAGAUUUGUAUCCAGUCCAGAAGAAGUAAUGGAGGCUAUAGAAGAAGGAAAAUCUAAUAGACAUGUAGCUGUUACUAAUAUGAAUGAACAUAGUUCCAGAAGUCACAGUGUCUUUCUUAUUAAUGUAAAACAGGAACAUUUAGAAACAGAGAAAAAAUUAAAUGGCAAACUAUAUCUAGUCGAUUUAGCGGGUAGUGAAAAGGUUAGCAAGACAGGAGCAGAGGGCGCUGUUUUAGAUGAAGCCAAGAACAUCAACAAGUCAUUAUCAGCUUUGGGAAAUGUAAUUUCUGCUCUAGCUGAUGGCAAUAAAAGUCAUGUUCCUUACAGAGAUAGUAAAUUGACAAGAAUUCUACAGGAAAGUUUAGGAGGUAAUGCCAGGACUACGAUUGUUAUAUGUUGUUCUCCAGCUUCUUAUAAUGAAUCAGAAACCAAGUCUACACUUAUGUUUGGUCAAAGAGCAAAGACCAUUAAGAAUUCUGUUAAGGUUAAUGAGGAACUCACUGCUGAUGAAUGGAAAAGAAGAUAUGAAAAAGAGAAAGAAAAGAAUGGCAAAUUGAAAACAUGGGUUCAAAAAUUAGAGGCAGAGCUUAAAGCUUGGAGAAGUGGUCAGGCUGUAUCAUCAGAGGAACAAAUAGAUAUGAAGGCCAGUAUAACAUCUAUUGAAUCUGAAGGAUUAGAUGUUGCUCCAACUAUCAUGGAAUCUAGUAUAGGUAAUCUUAGUACCAUAACAGAGGCUGAGAAGACACAAUGGGAUGGUGAAAGGAUGAAAUUAUAUGCACAGUUAGACGAAAAGGAUGAUGAAAUCAACAACACGUCUCAAAUGAUAGAGAGACUGAAGGAACAAAUGAUGGAACAGGAAGAACUAAUCAGCUCAGGAAAGAAAGACUAUGAUGUACUACAACAGGAGAUGGCCCGUAUCCAGACUGAUAAUGAGUCUGCUAAGGAUGAGGUGAAAGAAGUGCUCCAAGCUUUGGAAGAACUUGCUAUGAAUUAUGAUCAGAAAUCACAAGAAGUUGAUGCUAAAAACAUAGAGAAUGAAGCACUAGCUGAAGAAUUGAGCAAGAAAACAAAUUCCUUGAAUGCCCUACAGUCAGACUAUGAUUCUGCCAAGGAUUCUGUACUUCAUCAGAAGAAACGUGUGGCUGACAUGAUGUCUGGAUUGUUGAAAGAUCUUGGAGAUAUUGGAGAGAUUGUAGGAGGAGGUGAUUCUAAGUCAUUAUUAGGAACAUCUGAGAAGUUAGAAGAAGAGUUUACCGUAGCAAGGUUAUACAUUAGUAGGAUGAAGUCUGAAGUUAAAUCAUUAGUCACAAGAUCACAGAACUUUGAGACCAGCAGUACUGAGGUCAACAAGAAAUUAGAAACAGCUGUAAAAGAACUGUCAGACUGUCAACUCACUAUACAACAGCAUGAAGCUAAGAUGUCAUCUCUAAAUGAGACCAUCAAAGAUAUUGACCAAAAGAAAAGACUAUUGCAGGAGAAUGUAGAUUCUCUAAAUGAAGAAAUAGCCAAACUUAGAGCACAAGAACAAAUCCAUAUAACUGAGAAAGAAAAGGUGAAAUCUGAUGCUGACAUGAAAACAGCUUUGGAACAACAAAUGGAGGUGCAUAGAGAAAGUCACCAGAAACAAUUGUCUGGACUUAGGGAUGAGAUUGACAACAAACAGUCUCUCAUUGAUCAACUCAAGGAACAAAACCAAAAAUUGUCUCUUGCUUUGGAUAAAUUACAAAUAGACUAUGACAAGCUGAAGGCUGAGGAAUCAGAGAAGACUGCUAAACUGAAUGAAUUAACCCUACAGAUAGACCGUAAAGAACAAGCUAGACAGGAUCUGAAAGGACUUGAGGAAACAGUGGCUAAAGAAUUGCAGACAUUGCAUAACCUUAGAAAAUUGUUUGUACAAGAUCUUCAGAAUAGAGUUCGAAAGUCUCAGAUGAAAAAGGAUGAUGAUGAAGAUGAUGAUAUUGGAGGGAAUGCUGCACAGAAACAAAAGAUCUCAUUCCUAGAAAAUAACCUGGAACAACUGACAAAGGUGCAUAAACAGUUGGUCAGGGACAAUGCUGAUCUCCGUUGUGAACUGCCUAAGUUAGAGAAGAGACUUAGAGCUACCAUGGAAAGGGUGAAGGCCCUAGAAGGAGCUUUGAAGGAGGCUAAAGAAGGAGCUAUGAGGGACAGAAAGAGAUAUCAGCAUGAAGUGGAUAGGAUUAAAGAGGCAGUGAGACAGAAGAACUUGGCUAGGAGAGGACAUGCUGCACAGAUUGCGAAGCCAAUAAGACCAGGACAACACCCUGGAGGUUCUCCAGCCACAGGCACUGGUAUCAGAGGAGGUGGAGGAAUUGCUAUAAAUGGUCCACAGAAUUAAAUAUGUGUUGAGUGCAUACAGUGGGCGAAGCAUUCCAAAGCUUUUCUGUGUCAUUGGAGCUUUAUAAUGUCAUCAUGCUGUUUUAAGACUAUUUAUUAACAUUUGAUGUUUGACAAAUAUGCACUAAAUGUUUUAUAGACAUAGAUUGGACACUUUUCCAGUAUGUAUCAACCAAAUCAAAUUUGGGGAUAUUUAUUGACAUUACUGCAUAUAAAAAAGGGGUUUAAAGUAAUAACUUAAUGUUAAGGUCACCCAUAUUUUAUUAAAAAAUUGGAAUUUGCUAAAUAUUUACAGUUGUAGAUGUUUUUCCUGGAGUUGCUUACUAUAAAUGGAAGGGUUGGGUUGAUUGAUAUCACACUAGUACAAUUAUUAGUAAAGAAAAGUAAAAUAUGUGUGGUUAAUUUGAAUUUGAACUGUAUAGGGAAACUUAUUUUUUAUAUUUCAUUGCAUUUAUAUUACAUCAUUAUUGUCAAAAAAAAAAAAUAGGCCUAAAAAUAUUAGUAGUUGAUAAAUACUUUUUAAUGAAGCAGAAAAAAACAUGCAUGGCAAUAAAUGCUAGAUAAAGAGGAUGAAAGUCUGAUUGAAUUUCUCUUUUAAAGAGCAUACUGUUAUUUAAUGUUGAGUACUUCUACCUAAAGCCUCAUAGACUGCCACAUGUUUUAAUUAAACCAUAUUCUUGUGAUUUUGUUUUAAAAUGGUUGUAUACUAGUGUUUAUAAUAAUUGAACAGUUAUAAAUUAACAUUUAUAUGAAAUUAAUUAGCAUACUAGAAACAGACAAUAUAUGAUCAUUAGGUCUAGUAAUGUUCCUAUUGUCUUAACUAAAACUAGAACAGAGGGUCUGUAGGAUCUGUCAGUAGGAUGAAGAAAAUAAGUUCUCAGUCACACAUUCUUUAGAAUGUAGGUGGACAAUAGAGACAUUUUCUUUAUAAUAGAUGUAGAAAUGAUAAAAGAAAACAAUGUGCUCUUUGUUUCACUUUCAGAAGUGAAAGUAGGUUAACAUGGAGAUGUUUUCUAUUCUAAGCUCAAAAACUUAACCUUUCAUGAGAAUUCCACUAAUGUAUGUGCUUUGAUCAGAGAUUGUUGAAGAGUAUUUGUAUUCUUCUUUUUCGAUAUUAGAAUGAUUUCACCCUUUUAAUAUUCUUUCAGUAGGAGUACUGCUAAUGCAUAACUAUUGCAAGUUGAUUGCAUUGUUAUUGAGAGGAAAACAUUCCAAUUAGAAGCACUUUUGUUAGGAAAGGAUAUCAAUUUAAGGGGUUGAUGUUUGAUUGGAAAGUUUAUUUUCAGGAAGUGAUUAGAAUGGAAUAAUUGUGAAACUCAAAUGUUUAAUAUUCAGGAAGACAUAAAAAGUGAGCAUAUGUUUGGCAAAAACUGCAUAGACCAAAACACAGAAAUGGAACAUUAGUAAAUAAAUGUGCAAUAUGAACCAGUUUUAACACAAAUAAAUUAUUAGUUAAUCAAAUUGUAUGUUGUACUAAUUAUAGUGUUUUAAAUAGUGUCAUUACAGUGUAGUGGAGACUUUGUACAGGUACCAUCAUAUCUAUAUAUAUUGAGUGUAUUUAGUGUACAUAUUUAAUAUAUUUAUUAUUCUCUGGCAUGUAUUUUAAGUAAUAGAGUAUAACUUUUUUGUCAGUAUGGUGGGUCAUUUUGUAUUGAUGUUGUAGACUAGAAAUUAAAGAUAAAAGGUUUGGUUGAUAAAGAAAUAUUGUAAGAAUUGUAAAACAAAAAUGAAAAGUGGGUUGUUGACAAUUGAGUAAAAAAAAUUAUCCAGUUUUACAAAACAAUUUAUUAAAAAAGAUUUUUUACUGAUCAAACAUACUGGUUUCACGAUAUUUACAUUUUAGACUAAAUAGCAGGUGAAAUAUUAAAAACUUUUUUAAAUCAAGUUCUCAUUUUGAUGAUAGACUCAGUAUAAUUUUUAAUUCUCCCGCUAAAAAAUUGUUGUGAAAUAACACAGCUAUAAAGUGUACAACAACAAUUGUUCAUCAUUAUAGACUUUGUUAUACUGUAUAUAUACAUGUAUUUAAAUUCUCAGUUCCUCACCUAAAGAUAAAAAUCCAGAACAAAGCCUGUCUCAACAUGGUCUCAAGACUCUGGCAUACACUUAUGUAUUAAAAUAACUUGUAUAAUGGAAUGUGGGCAUUUUAUAUGCAACAAUGGUUAAUUAUGAAAGCAUACCUAAUUCAUUAUAUUUUUUUUAAAUAUCUGAAUCAUUUUCUCCAUAUGUUUGGUGCCAGUGUUACUUUCAUGAUUAUUAUUCAUGGUAACUUUUCCUUCAUAUUGACAUAUAUGUAAUUAGUAUUUAUACUGUCUGUACUAGAUCUCUGUAGACUUUGUCAAUAGAUAAUUGUAGGGAUAAUUUGUGUGACAUAAGCAGAUUUUGAUGGAACAUACACAAUCUGUGAUACAAGAACAAAUCUUUCAUAUGCUUAUUGUGUUCAGUUUUUGAAGUAGUUAGUUGGUGAAAGGCUUUUGAAUGAAUUUGUGUAUAUGAUAGUUUUUAAUUGAUCUGUUUAAAUUUGCUUUUUAAAUAUUAAAGGGCUUUCAUGGGUAAAUAGAAAGCAGAUAAAAAAGCUGGAUAGUCAGUUUUAUGUGGGCAGAAUCCUCAUUUUUUCAAUAUUCAAAAUAUCAAGUUUUGUCAUUUUGUCUUAUAUAAUAUACAUGUUUACACUUUGUUAAGGUUAAAGGCCAUAAAUAGUAAAUAUUCAACAAAAAACCAGCUUACUGCUUUAGAUGUAACAGGGUGUUUGUGACAUUUGCUCUGUGACAAUAAAAGUAGAAAAAAUAA